AAUUGAGGCAAAUGAUUGCACUCAAUUGAUUAAUGAAACCCAGUUAAGACGAAUCAUUUAGAAUAAUUUGAGUUUGAAUUAUGAGUAGAAUAAUUAAUUUUUAGACUUGAGUUAUCUGCAACCUAAAUUCUAGAUACUACGAUCAUUUUUUUUCUUCUUCCAAGACUUACACAUAUAACGAGAAAUGAUGACGAGAUAUGGUGAUGAAGUAGGUAUGUUUAGAACACACCUUUUUGGGACACCAUCCAUUAUUGUAUACACUCCAACAAUUCACAAAUUUGUGCUACAUUCCGAGGACAAAUUCAAAGCAGAAUGGCCUACCAUUGAACUUAUGGGCCGAAAUUCAAUAGUGGCUGUCCAUGGAAAAGCCCAUAUGCGGGUCCGCAACUUUGUCACCAAUGCCAUCAAUCGACCCGAGGCCCUAAACCGAAUUGCUACUCUUGUUCAACCUCGUAUGGUUGCUGCUCUUCAAUCUUGGGCACAAAUGGGUAAAAUCAAAGCUCGGUUUGAAACUCAAAAGAUGACAUUUGAGAACAUUGGGAAAUUAUUCUUUAGCAAAGAGCCAGGCCCUUUUCUAAAUUCCUUGGAUAAACUCUAUCAAGACUUGCUUCUAGGAGUGAGAGCCUAUCCAAUUAACAUUCCUGGUUUUGCAUACCACCAUGCUCUUCAGUGUAGAAGAAAGCUUGAUGACUUUUUCGGGAUGGAAUUAGAUAACAGAAAGAAUAAAGAUAAGGUGGAAACAAUUGAUCUAAUGGAUGGGUUGAUGCAAAUUGAAGAUGAUGAUGGUGACAAAUUGAGUGACAAAGAAGUUGUAGACAACAUUGUCUCUCUAGUAGCUGCUGGAUAUAUAUCAACUUCCCUUGCAUCUACUUGGGCUAUAUACCUUCUUGCUAAGUAUCCAAUUGUGCUAAAAAAGCUUAGGGAAGAGAACAUGGCUUUCAGAAAGGGAAGUCCUGAGGAUUUUAUUACACCUAAAGAUGUUUCGAAUUUAAAAUACACAAACAAGGUCGUUGAAGAAGUGAUAAGAAUGGCCAAUAUUGCAGCUUGUGCUUUCAGAAAAGUUGACACUGAAGUUGAUUAUAAAGGUUAUAAGAUACCAAAGGGAUGGAAUGUAAUUCUCCUCCUUCGUUAUCUUCAUACAGAUUCAAAGAAUUUUAAGGAUCCCAUGAAUUUCAAUCCUGAUAGAUGGAAUGAACCAGCAAAGCCUGGAACAUACCAACCUUUUGGCGGUGGACAAAGACUAUGCCCUGGAAACACACUUGCAAGAAUUCAACUUGCACUUCUACUUCAUCAUUUGUCCAUAGGAUACAAGUGGGAGCUUAUUAAUCCAAAUGCAGAUAUAAUUUAUCUUUCACAUCCUGCUCCUGUUGAUGGGGUUGAGGUCAAGUUCAGCAAAUUGUGAAGAAAAAACCAUGAAAAAAUGGACUGUGCUCAUUACCUAUAAGUUACUGUUUUCUCUUACUACAUGUAGAAUUGUAAACAAUGAAAAUGCUAAUUUUAAACCUUUAUGUUUGUUAUAUUUUGCUUAUGACUAGUAUCUACUAGAUGGAGACUUACAUGCGUGUCUCUUAGGAUUCCUAUUACACUUAAUGUAUUAUCACUUGUGUAAUUUGUGUUUCAAUUUAAAAUACCAACAUAAAAUCAAAUAUUAUUUGUUUAC